UCUUUAAAAACCAUAAAGCAUACCCACUGGUUUGCUUCAUAGAAAAAGAACAAAGGAAAAUAAUAAUUUGCCUCUGUUCUCUCUGGGCUGAAGUAGUAUUGGGUUAUCUGUUAAUUAAGUUGCCAUGGGAAGAGCUCCAUGUUGUGACAAAGCUAACGUGAAGAAAGGGCCUUGGUCUCCUGAGGAAGAUGCCACCCUCAAGAACUAUCUUCAGAAACAUGGCACUGGUGGCAAUUGGAUUUCCUUGCCUCGCAAAGCAGGCCUUAAACGAUGUGGCAAGAGUUGUCGUUUGAGAUGGUUGAAUUAUCUGAGACCAGACAUCAAGCAUGGAGGUUUUACUGAAGAAGAAGAUAACAUUAUUUGCGCCCUCUAUAGUAGCAUUGGAAGUAGGUGGUCUGUCAUAGCUUCCAGGCUUCCAGGAAGAACAGACAACGAUUUGAAGAAUUACUGGAACACCAAAUUAAAGAAAAAGAUGUUGGGAGGAAAGAUUACUGAUGCCAAGAGAAGCAGCAACAUCAAUAGCAGUAGCGAUAUAACCAUUAACAACUCCAGUGAUCCUUCGGAGCAAUUUUCAGUCUCCAUACCAGAAACUGAAACCUACAAUAAUCCUGGAAAUUAUUCACCCUGCUUCAGUGCAAAUUGUGACACCUUGCCACCCCUCAUGAAGAUGGAGAUGAGUUUCCAGCAAUAUUAUCGUGAUCUACAAGGGCUAAUUUUGGACCAGACCCAAUUCCCUCAUUCAACUUUUAUGAAAGUUCCUGAUUUGGGCACAUAUAGAUAUAACAGUUACAACUGCUCCUCCUCCUCCUCAUCAUCAUCAUCUCCUCAUCAAGAAGCGUCAAGCCUAGUACCUCUGGACCACAACCGUCCCUUAUUAUUAUGCUCUGGCAAUGGUUUAAGCCUAGAAAAAGAGGAAGGGAUUCUUGCACAAGACUAUGGAUUUGGGUUCCCUUAUGAGCCACUUACUGACCUUGGCUUCCAAGGAAAAUGUUUCGCUGGUGAAGUUGCUCAAUCUUUAGGUAAUAAUUAAUGUAUCACCUUCUCACCCCUGGCUAAUCAGCUGGCUAGCUAACUAUUAAUAAUUAAAAAUUUAGGGAGAAAGAAGGAUGAUAUUUGUAUAUUGUACUCUUUCAAUCCAUUAUAUAAAAAGUAUUUUAAAAUUUUUAUAAUUAAAA